CAUUCGUCACAUAACCACAGCGACAUUUUUAUGGUAUGUGAAGUAAGCAAAACACUUGUCGAGACAAUUAAAAUAAAAUACAAUUUCGUAAUAAAAUAACUUGCAUGCAUUACCUUUUAAAACUUUUUAAAUUAAAUUUGUGGGUGCGCGGCUUAGUGGGGAGCGAAUAUUUCCGUCGAAAGUGUGGCUAGAGAACAGAACGAUGUACCGACCGACCGUUGUUUAAGGGGGUGCGUUCAAGAAGUUAAACAGGAGCCGCGUUUCGAAAUGUUCAAUUCAGUGGGAGCGAGACAUUCGUAUGGGUUUUGAAUGCAGCUCGCAUCAGUCGAAGGAGUUGCCCUGUCUAAACAGCAUCAAAUUUAUGAUCACUGAAGAUUAGAAAGGUUUCCAAGGUAAGCGUGAAAAGUGGUGCGCGUUGUGUGAAUUUAAAGCAAAAUGCAACCUUGGUGAGCAGUUUGCAGUAACUUUAAUCUGCGGGGAACGCGCUCUGACUUGUGAUUAUCCACGGAUGGACCUGGCGGCUGUCGCCUGAGAUCAUCGUUUGUGAUCGGCGGAGAGACCGACGCCGACAAGCAGGAUGGUAGAGCGGUCGGACCGAGCGCCUCUGUUGGACUGGGAGGAAAUCCCGUCCGUGGAGAAACCCGGCGGCGAUCCCCCGGCGACGACUCCCUCCGAGGAGCGACUGUCGAGCCCGUCCGACAGCCGCGGCACGGCGGGAUGCUCGGGGUUUGGGUGGAGCAGUGGACCUGGGGGUCCCACUCCGCCCAGCAGGUCCGAAGCAGACGGCUGCAGUGCCCCGCCUGCGACCUCCACCGCCCCGCCGGCGGCCCCGGAACGAGCGCUGCCGCCCGACGAGGAGGAGCAUCUCUCGGAUUCAGGGACGAGGGAAGCGUCGCUGGAGGACAGGAUGGUGAAGUGGGAGGAAAAGGACCAGAUCGUGUCUGUCUUUGUAGUUGCAUUUAAUACCAGAACAGGUAACAUGUUGGAGUGGUGUCUACCCAAAGACAUGGACCUGGAGGGAGUGGAGUUCAAAGCCAUCGCCAGCGGCUCUCACCGAGUCAGCACGGACUUCAUCUACUUCCGGAAAGGCCGCUACUUCGGCCUCGCCUGCUUCGCCAACAUGGCGGUGGAGAGCACCGAGGAGAGGGGGGCCCGGAUGAAGUCGGUGGGGAUCCUGUCUCCAUCCUACACUCUGCUCUACCGCUACAUGAGCUUCCUGGAGCACCAGGUCAGGCUCCAGCUUCAGUCCCCGGGACACUACUCACCCCUGGAGGCCUUUUAUGAGGACAAGAGGGCGCUACUGCCCCCCAGUGGAGAGAAUGUUGUAACCGCAUUCCCAGCCAACGCAUGGGGAGCUGCGAUUAACCACAGCAUGCACCCUGAGAUGAAGAUCACUCAUCCAGCAGGCUGCAUGUCCCAGUUUAUCCGCUUCUUCGGGGAACAGAUCAUGGUCCUUUGGAAACUGGCUCUCCUCCGAAGGCGGAUCCUCAUCUUCUCUCCUCCGCCAGUGGGUGUGGUCUGCUACAGAGUGUACUGCUGCUGUUGCCUGGCCAACAUCUCCAUCCCCGGUGUCGGCGUGGCAGUACCCGAGUUCCGGCCUUUCUUCUACGUUAACGUCGCCGACAUCAGCGCCCUGGAAAACGAGCUUUCCUAUGUAGCAUGUACGACUGAGAAGAUCUUCGAGGAGAAGAAAGAUCUGUAUGACGUGUAUGUUGAUAAUCAGAAUGUGAAGACCUACAGAGACGGGCUGAAGCCUCUGCUGCGCCUCAGCGCCGCCGACAGAGAGAAGUAUCGCAAGCUCACUGAGCAGAGGCAGAUGUUGCUGUAUUCCCAGGAGGAAAAUGGAGACUGUGUCUCCAGCGAAGAGGAUCUUUUUAUUUUGUUUUUCCUGGAGCAGAACAACAGGAUUUUCCAGACUCUGAGCGAGGUGGCAGGGAGCCCGGAUCCCACCGUCACCCAGGACAGCGUGAGGGCCAUGGGUCUGGAUCCCCAUGGAGACAGACUCUUCCUGCUCCACCUGCUGGAAAUCUACGGCUAUGACAGUCUGCUGGUUUCAGAGCAGCUGUGCUGCAGCUGAUUGUUUUUAUUGUUUUGGUUUUUUUUUUUCUUCUCUGUCAUCACUGCUGGUUUAACACAGGGGCCCUAUCUGCCUCUGACUGCUGCUCCACUGGCUUUGGGACUCUGUUGAAGGCACCUUGCUGUAAUGUUUGGUCUACUGAGACUCUCCUCCAUGACAGCCAGAUCGUCUGAACUCAGUGGUACCGACAAAAACGUGGUAAAUCCUACUUAGCAGAGCCUUGUGGAGAUUUCCAUUCAGCUGUUGUGUUUGAUAUCAAUACUGAGCCAUGUCCCCCCCCCACACCCCCAGACUGUUUAAAUGUUUGACUAGAUAAACAAAAACCGAACCGCACUUCAAACGUAUUAAGCCAGCAAGUUUUACAGUACGAAAGGUAACUAGAGGUGGGGGUCCUGUAAAUAAGGCUGACUUGUCUAUGAUCUGCGUGUCAGUGUAUGUUUGUGAUAUCAGGUCUGAAUCUCUGCCAGUGUUGCACUUCUUGUACCGUGUGCUGGAUUGUAAAGAGACACUUUUUUGCCCAGGUGAUCCAAAUUAGGGCUCAAGGUCUUUGGCCGACUCGUCAAACUGCCGUCGCCUUCACCAAGUACGUCUGUAACAUCACCAACCAAGUGACACUUAGUGACACAACGUAUGUCUGAGAGGAGAGCGUUUUAAAGACACAAAGGCAGGUCGGUUCUAGAGAUGUGUUGAUGUUUAUUUUUUGCACUUUUAGACAUUAGGAGUCAAGCUUUGAGAUGAAUCCUAUCAACAUACAAGGCCAAUUUAGCUCCAUGAGGAAGAAUCAUUUUGUCAUUGACCAAAAAAAUAAAUAAAUAAAAUUUUCAGAGCAAAAACAAAAAGCACUGAAAGCAUCCAUUUCUAUUACAAUGUAAUGGAAAAAGUAGACUAUUUGAAUGGAGAUUUAUGUAGCUCAACAGCUCCCUCUGGCUUGUGUUAGAUGUAUUGCACGAUUAAGAUCCGAGAUGUUCAACCUCUUCGCUUCUCCGCUAAGGUUAUUUUCCAUUGACGUUUUCAGUUACUUGAAGGUAACUGUUAAUUCUGCAUAAAGAAUAGAAAAUGACAGCUAAUAAAUGUGAUUUUAUAUCAACCCCAGUGAGAAUCUGGGAGUGGAUAGUUACUGCAGCUUCUUUUGCGCUACAAGUAAUCUGUAAUAAUAUACAGUGCCUUGCAAAAUUAGGUGUACUCCUUAAGCGUUUCCACAUUUUUGUCACAUUGCAAACAGAAACCUCAGUGUAGUUUAUAAGUAUUUUUAUGUUUUAGCUUCGUUGCAGGGUUAACACAAAAUCAGUCAGGAUGAAUGCGAGUCUUACCACAGAUUUCCAUAUAGAUUCACAUCUGGAGUUUGACUAGCCCUCCCCAAUGAAUGAAUACAAUUGAUCUGCAUUUAGCUCAAUUGAUUAAAAAAAAAGGUAGACAUUUUGGAGCAAACCAUUACCUGUCUGGUGUAUUCCUUAGCGCUUGAAACAAAUAGAGGUAUUCGGGAUGCUCUGGAUUUUACUUAGAUUUAGUUACAUAGCGCACUUAAUGAAAUACUUGCCACACGUUUCAGCUUUUGCUAUUGUGUGCAGCACACAUAAAAUUAGACAACACACAGAAUUAUGUGAAUUAUGUGGCUAAAAUGUGAAAAUGUUUGAGGUGUAUAAAACCAGUACGCCACUGUAUAGCCGCACAGCUUUUAACUUUCGGUCACUUUUAAAGGUUCGUCUGCAUAGUUUUAGAAAUCACACUCCAGCCGCCUCAAAAUGUGUUUCAGAAUAAUCGUCUGUAGAUGAAAACACACCCAUUUAUUUUAGAUACAUAAAGACAUGCUGCGCUGUAAGAUAACCCGGAGCGUUUCGUCAGUGUCCUGCAUUAACCAUGAGAUCCAGAGGUCUAACUCAGUGAUUCUUUUUCUAUUUUAGUUUUAUCUGUAAAAUAUUAAAUGUGAAUCUAAAUGUGUUUUUAUGUAAAGAAAUGGGAUCAGCUGAAUGCGUUUUAUACAGCAACAAUGAUCUCCCUGAGCCUCCAUGUACAUCAGACCCACAUACCUGUACACUGUCAGAAAACAUUCCCACGUCUCGCCAACUAAAGCUGCCUGUAC